AUGGUUGUGUACCUUUCUACACCUGAAUGUCAAACCCUACACUGUAAUCUCAUUCGUUUCAUCUGUGGUGUCAUUCAUCCAUCAAAUGAAGUCCUGUGUUCAGAAAUCAUUCCUCGUUGGGCAGUAAUUGGCUGGUUACUGACCACUUGUACAUCUAAUGUUGCAGCUUCUAGUGCAAAAUUGUCAUUGUUUCACGACUGGCUGUUUUACGAUCCUGAAAAAGACAGCAUCAUGAAUAUUGAACCUGCAAUUCUUGUAAUAUAUCAUUCCGUGAGGUGGCAUCCAGUUAUCACAGCAACGCUUCUGGAUUUUUUAUGCAGGAUAAUGCCAAACUUUUGCUUAACUUUCAAAGCGCAAGUAAAACAAGGCAUAUACACAUCCUUGUGUCAAAUUUUAGAAAAAUGGGUCUUACCGUCCAUAUCAACAUUUUUUGACAGUUCUAAGUUAGAUGCAGAAUUACAGAUAUUGCUUAGAGAAACAUUUCCAGAAUUUUGUUUCCUUACAGGAAUUAAAAUAGACAAGACUCUUAGAGAUUCUUCUGAACUAAUGAUAAAAACAAAUCACACAUCUGUUGUUAAUAAUACCGAACAUGAAGCUCAGUUCAGCGAAGAUGAUGACAUUCCUUUAG